AUGUCAAGAGAGAGACGUCAUUCUCGCAGUAAGGACAAACCAACAGGAAUUCCGGAACCAAAAAAGAAAAAGAAAGAGCCGGACGCGACAAAACCAAAGAAGACCCAUGGCGAAAAGGUGAAAUCCAAUUCAGAACUGAAAAAACCGAAGAGCACUAAAUCGCCGUUAAAAGAGAAACAGUCAAAAAGAAAGGAGGAAGAAGAGAGGAUACCAACACCGGAACCUGUAGUGCAAAUUGCUGAGACAUAUGAGGACGACUUCGAAGAUUAUACGGAUGACUUUGAAAGCGACGACGAUGACGAGAACGUGAUCGGCAAGCCGAAUGCCAGCGAGCAACGUCCGGUCACUGCCGUAUCUUCUUCUUCAAUUUCAUCCGAAAAAACGAACGAUCUGGCGCCACAGCCGCUGUCCAAGUCAUCGACACCACCAAAAGAAGAGGGUUAA